AGAAGGCAGGAGAUGGAGGCUAAAAUCAACAGUUCCUCACUUCUAGUCUCUGAAUUCUUCCUCAUCUGUUUCCCUAACUACCAGAGUUGGCAGCACUGGCUGUCCCUGCCCCUCAGCUUCCUCUUCCUCCUGGCCGUGGGAGCCAACAUCACCCUCCUCGUCACCAUCCGGCUGGAGGCCUCUCUGCACGAGCCCAUGUACUACCUGCUCAGCCUCCUCUCCCUGCUGGACAUUGUCCUCUGCCUCACCGUCAUCCCCAAGGUCCUGGCCAUCUUCUGGUUUGACCACAGGACCAUCAGCUUCCCCGCCUGCUUCCUCCAGAUGUUCAUCAUGAACUGUUUCCUGACCAUGGAGUCCUGCACCUUCAUGGUCAUGGCCUAUGACCGCUAUGUGGCCAUCUGCAAGCCUCUGCGGUACCCCUCCAUCAUUACUGACCAGUUUGUGGUGAGUGCUGCCGCCUUUGUUAUAGCACGGAAUGGACUUGUUACUAUGCCUAUCCCCAUACUUUCUUCUCAGCUGAGAUACUGUGAGAGGAUUAUCAAGAACUGCAUCUGCACUAACCUGUCUGUGUCCAAACUCUCUUGCGAUGACAUCACCUUCAAUAAACUCUACCAGUUUGUCAUAGGCUGGACCUUAUUGGGUUCUGACCUCAUUCUUAUUAUUCUUUCUUAUUCUUUAAUCCUGAAAACUGUGCUGAGAAUCAAGGCAGAGGGAGCUGUGGCCAAGGCCCUGAGCACGUGUGGUUCCCACUUCAUCCUCAUCCUCUUCUUCAGCACGGUCCUCCUGGUGCUGGUCAUCACUAACAUGGCCAGAGAGAGGGUUCCCCCGGAUGUCCCCAUCCUGCUCAACAUCCUGCACCACCUCAUUCCCCCAGCUCUGAACCCCAUUGUUUAUGGGGUGAGAACCAAGGAGCUCAAGCAGGGAAUCCGGAACCUGCUGAGAAAGUUGUAA